AUUGGAAAAUGGGAAAAUUGGUUAGAAGUUCUACACCCCUUCUCUUCAAAUCAAAGCUCUUGUGUUUCUCUAUCUUAUACCUCUUUUCUUCUCUUUUUUAUGCUUUCUAUACUUCUAUCUCUUCUACCACCAAAUGUCAUUUUAGAUCCUCCUCCUCAAUCUCUGAUCCCAUUCAAUCAUCUUUAUUUAACUAUCCUCGAUCUUAUGGCCAACAUAAACAUUCCAUUCCUACCUUUCAUUCUCAUUGCAAUUCUCCUGUUUUCUUCAAUGAUUAUUCGUUUGUUUUAAAUGAUUUUCGACGAAUUGAGGAGAAUUCUUCAUGGGAUUCCGACGGUUUGAGGUACAUAAAAGGAACCGAGAAUGGAAAUGGAGGAAGUUUCGGAACAAAUUACCUUACAAAGAAAAGGAUAUCGUAUUUUGAUCAUCGAGAUGUUCAGACCGAAAUCCCUUGUGGGUUCCUUAAGAAAUUUCCAAUUAGUGAUCAUGAUAAAAUCGCUAUGGAACGUUGCAAAGUAGUGAUAGUUUCGGCUAUAUUUGGAGACCAUGAUAAAAUUCGCCAACCAAAAGGCCUUGGAUACAAAACACUAGACCAUGCGUGUUUCUACAUGUUUGUGGACGAUGUCACAUUAAAACAAUUCUAUAAUCACAACUUACUCUCGAGAAAAACCAAGGAAAAAAAUACGAUUGGAGUGUGGAGAAUUGUGAAAGUUAAUACUCAACAACUAUACGAAAAUCCGGCUAUGAAUGGUGUGAUUCCAAAGUAUUUGGUUCAUAGACUAUUUCCAAAUUCAAAAUAUAGCAUAUGGUUAGACGCAAAAAUGCAAUUGGUGGUUGAUCCGUUAUUGUUGCUUCAUUCGCUAGUGAUAGCAAAAGAUGUAGACAUGGCUAUAUCUAAACAUCCGAUUUACGUUCACACGAUGGAAGAAGCGAUGGCAACCGCGAGGUGGAAAAAAUGGGGGGACGUUGAUGCGUUGAGGAUUCAGAUCGAGACGUACUGUGAAAACGGCUUGCAACCAUGGUCGUCCAAGAAGCACCCCUAUCCUUCAGAUGUUCCGGACAGUGCAAUAAUCUUAAGGAAGCAUGGAGUGACUAGCAAUCUAUUUUCAUGCCUUUUGUUUAACGAACUAGAAGCAUUUAACCCAAGAGAUCAACUGCCCUUCGCAUUUGUGAGGGACAAAAUGAACCCAAAGAUGAAACUCAACAUGUUUGAUGUGGAAGUAUUUGAACAUGUGGCAUCAGAGUAUAGACACAACAUAAAACACCAUGGGUCUGUUGAGGCUCAACCGGCUAGAACCAAGAGAGCUAGCCCCGGUUUGCUUGCUAAUGGUAGUAGUCGAACCAAAUGUGACCGUUAUUUGGAAGAAAUGUGGGGUGAAACUCGAGAUUGACAUAGAGACAUUGAUUGAGGUGGCAAGGGGCCUUUGGUUGUGUCAAGCCGCUAUGCAAUCGUUACUGCUUGAUUUUGUCACGAAAUGUGCAUAAUUAAUUCUUUGGCAAUUUGUGGGAUUUUAUUGCAUAUACGUUGAUGUUCCUUUAUGUUAACAGGAAAUUAUUAUUGAGCUAGACCAGGGGACAGGGCAGAUGUAGUAUGUAAGAACUAGGAAGUGAAGGCGAUGGCUCUAAAGGCCCAAAAACAUGUUUUUAAUUGGGCCAAAAUUUUAAGGCUCAAAAACAUGUAGUACUAUUACUUUUACAAUAUUGACACAUAACUCCCUGGAAUCUUUGUCUUCAA